AUGUCAGCGACGAAAAUGGACGCAGGGUGCUUUAAGGCCGCAUUGCUGAUUGUCAACGUAACCCUUCGCGACAGGAUCAACCACACCGCACAGAUAUCUCUCGCCAACGACAUCCACGAAUACCUCUCUGAAUCCGAACAGGGGCUCCACCAUGUCUUUAUUAACGUCGACUACCUCCUCCCCCAACCCGAGAUCUUACCAGGAAGAAGGUAUGAACCGUUGGACAACUACCUGAAGAAGCACCUAAUUCCAGAUCUGGAGAUGAGGAUCCGAUGCUGGGACCAAGCCGAGCUGCGUUUCUUGCCCCUCCCAGUUCCAGAUCACACCAACGACGGUGAUACGGCCACGACAACAGCAACAGUCGACACCACACCAGCUACCUCAGAGCUGACACCAUGCACCGCGACAACAGCGACGGAUGAUGAUACAGGACUAGGACUGUCGAUGGUCACAUUAUCGGGAUGGUUGCUGGGCUACCCUGUCAACUAUGUCCUUCCGACGACCGCAAGUAUGAAGGCUCGCAAACGUGCAGCCAGGGCUCUCAAGUUGCAGGAACGUGCCUUGUUACGGCAACAGAGACUUGCUGCCAAACUCCUCCGCCACCACGAACAACAGCAACAAUACCCCCAGCAGCAGCAGGAGCAGGGUAUGGGCGAGGAUCAAGUGUUACUAACAGCAACAGUCAGGCACGACAGCACGGAUUGCGGUACCUGUGUCGACGACGGGAACAUGAGCGACGAUGAGGGCGGUCAGCGAGGACAAUCGCCCAUCGAGGAAGAGUAUGAGGACGAAGAAGAAGAGGAUAGCAGCCACAAUAGCCUCGCAAACAGACUGUUGGUUCUGACACAGGUCAAUCUGACAGCAAACGAGGACAUCCACGGAUUAAACGACUGUUGUCUCUUCUCCUUCAGCUACCCGUCGGUCAUCCUGGACCGACGCUCGCUCGCAACCAUGGGGACCAAGAUUCCUUCGCCAGGUGGUCAGCUACCCACUGCACCAGCGUCUCCUCUCAGGCUCACCGCCAACACCGCCGACAGUCCAGCAGCAGACACCCCUUCGAUACCGCACCCGACAGCGGCGGCAGCGACGACCCUUCCUCUUCGCCCUACAAUCACCGCCCUCAAAGUAAUACCGCCUAUGCACGAGAUCGAAAUCGCAGCCGAAGUCAUAGUCGAAGCCGAAGCCGAAGCCAAAGUCGACAUCGAAACUCUUCUCUAG